CCGGUAGUCUGAGGAAAGUGGAGACUAGGUAUAGUGACACGCUGUAAAGUUUUACGUUGAAUCCCAGCCACCACUGUGUUACUCGAACUCUAGCUAUCAGAAUAGCUAACUUGUCAAGUCCUCCUCCAACAAAAGAAGCUGAAUCGCCACCAAUAUGCCUGUCGAAAAGUACACCUACAACGGUCCUUUGGACCACACAAUACCCGUGGAUGCCUCCAAGCUAACCGGCAAAUCCGUAAUCAUCACGGGAGGUGCCAAUGGCAUGGGCGAGACAUGUGUACGGCAGUUUGCAGCUGCUGGUGCGAAUGUCACCAUUGCAGAUGUCAACAAGCGUGGCUACAAUCUCGCUGAUGAACUCAACAAGAAACAUAACUCCCAGCGAACUGUAUUUGUCGAAGUUGACAUCCGUGAUUGGGAUCAGCAGAAGAAGAUGUUUGAGACGGCGUUGAGCAAGUUUGGCGCGGUUGACAUUGUCAUUGCAAACGCAGGUAUCAGCAGAAGCUCAGGGGAUAGUCUAUGGAAUCUUGACGAUCCCAAUGGAGAGCCCGUUAAACCAGAUCUAAAAAUCGUGGAUGUCAAUCUGAAGGGCAGCUUCUACACGUGGAAGCUUGCGGUGCACUAUUGGCGCAAACAAGAGGAGAGCGAGGAGCGCGAUCGUUGCUUCAUCAUCACGGGGAGCAUGGUGGGAUGGAUUGACUCUCCAGGCAAUUGGGAGUACACCUCUACGAAGUACGCGUUGCAUGGCUUUGUGCGUACAGCGCGACGAAACAGUUGGGAACAAGGAAUCCGAAUUAAUUAUGUCGCACCGUGCUGGAUCAGGAGUGCAAUUCGAACGAAAGAGUACGAAAGGUGGCUGGAAGACCGCGGUAUCGACUUUGGUGAACAGGAAGACGUGGCGAGCUGCAUGAUGAGAAUCGCGAGUGACAAAUCGGUGAAUGGAAGGAGCCUGAUGAUCACACCCAGAUCCAGGGCCAAAGAAGGAUAUAUGGACAUCGAUAAAGAUGAUUAUACCGAGAAUGACGGACACGGGGGAUACUUCAAGCGGACACAGGACACUCAAUUGGUCAUUAUCGAAGACAAGUGGCGGGACGAUUACAAAGUCCGUGUGUACAAGGAAGAGGAAAAAAACAGUUGAUAAAAGGACAUACUUGAAAGCGGAAAGGCCU